AUGACGCCCUCAUCAAACGAUCUAAGAUUUCAUAUAAGUUCGUCUGGCCUAAAUACCGCGAUUAUCAUCACUGAAAGGGUCCGUUUUUUCGCCUCAGCGACGGAGAAAUUUAACCCUAGCGAUGGAACUGAACCGCUUAUGGCGUAUAUAAAAACUAACACUUUUCCGACAAUGACGGACCAAAGCCCCGCUUUCUACAAAACGAGAAUGCUACAAUAUCACCGCCAGAAUACUAUCCUCGACAUCAUGAGUGAUGAAUAA